AUGUCCACCAGACUGAAGACAUCAUCUAAUUCUUUUGUGCUCACUGCCCUGCUCCCCAUGCCAAAAUUCCUUUACAAAAAGAAACACAUGCGUGAGCUGCUUAAUCAGCCUGCCUGUGAGGGAAUCAUGUUGUCAGAUCCCAUUGGGCACAGUCACUAUUGCUUUACUCCUCUUGCAAGUUACAUCAUCGAUACUCCAAAAGCCAUGAUGCUGGCUACUGUUGGCAGCAAAACUUCCCUGGUUAUUAUGGCCAUGUUCAAGCAAUUUGGCGACCCUUCCAACACCAGCCUCAAACUAGUUCAACUAUGA